UAAAAGUUUUAAAAAGUGCCUAUUAAGAAGGACUCAGACAUUUCUGGCUGUAGCCACUAAUCUCCAUAGGAGGGAGGAACACGCAUUAAGGCUUAGGCAAAAGUUUAUUUGGAGAACACUUAGACAUCCGUUUGCUCUCUCUCUCCUGUGGCAAUAGAGUGAAGUCACUGAAACAACAAGCCAAGCGGUGAUAGCAACUGCCACCAACACCCUUUUCCAUGGGUUCAGUCAGCGAGGACAGGAAAACAGAGAAAUAACUGUUUUGAAAAAGUUCUGAUUUGUGCGUGAGAGCCUUCACCUUUAUCCACAGUUUAUACAUGAUCGAGCUUUUGAGGGAAAUAAACAAUGUGUGAUAAAAUCCAUGGUCAACUGUCAUCGCAGUGCACUCAAGUGUUUUAUUGUACCUGUAGUGUUAUACAACCAGGUUACAUAAGGGCAAACCUUUAGCCAAAGACCGUGGUGUAUUAGCUUAAGUGAUAGCUAUCCAUUAAAGUGGAGUGUUACCCUCCAACAUGCAAGCUUGCACCUUUCCACUAAUUUGUAAUCAGCUUUAUGCUAGCUCAUGCUGACAUAUCUUUUGGCCCACUGUUUGGGAGUCAUAGAUCACCUCUGUCCAGUAUCAGUGUGUGUACAGUAGUGUUUACACUAUGACACAGUCAGGCAAUUAGGUUUAAGUUCAGGUCAUGUGCCUAAACAAAAAGCCCAUUUGCUGGCAUAACUCUCAGAACUCAGUGCAGUACACCUUCUGUUCAGAGAGCAUCUCAAGAGAGCACCAUGGUGGCCUUACUGUGUCUCACCCUGCCCUCCUUGCUAGCUCUGGUGACUGCAGGAGAGGUAAAGAAUUGCCACCCACAGUGCCGGUGUGAGAUAGAGAGCUAUGGUCUGUUUGACAGCUUCAGCCUGACCAAGGUGGACUGUAGUGGAGUUGGUCCAGGCACUGCUCCUGUCCCUAUUCCUCUGGACACAUCCCACCUGGACCUGUCUCACAACUCCAUCGGCUCCAUCACAGACUCCAUGCUGUCUGGACCAGGCUACACCACUCUAGUCAGCCUGGACCUUAGCAACAACCUCAUCACCAGGGUCAGUCCUAAGGCUUUCUCCAAACUCCGCUACCUAGAGACUCUAGACCUAAGUCAGAAUGCACUGGAGAGCCUUGGAGAUGGCUGUUUCUCUGGGCUUCCACUGGCUGAUGUGGACCUCAGUGACAACAUGUUCCAGGACUUUAAACUGGAUCUCUUCACUACCAAGGGCCAGGAGACCCCCAUUAGUUUGGACCUUUCUAAUAACCAUCUCACUACAGUCUCCAGGAAUCCACAAGGUCAUGCUCCAUAUAUUAAGAGCCUGAUGCUAGCAGGAAACAGGCUGCGGACGGUGCCCAAACUUGCAGGAAUUCCCUUGCAGUAUCUGAACCUGGACGGAAAUCUCUUCACCACCAUUGAGGAGGGCGCCUUUGAGGAAAUGAAAGAUCUCAUCUAUUUGUCUCUCAGCGGCCUGCUUGAGCUGUCAACAAUACAGCCCAGCAGCUUUAGAGGCCUGAGAAACCUGCAGGUUCUGGACCUAUCAAACAACCAGCAACUCAAGGGUGUGAGCCCAGAUGUGUUCAAUGGACUGACCUCUUUACAGGAGCUCAAUUUGUCCAAGUCAGUAGUCACUCCAUUGCCUGCGACCAUCUUCAACCUCAUGCCAAGUAUAAAAAGUGUAACUCUGGGGCCAAAUAUGCAUUGCUGGAAGACACACAAGCAAGGUCAGUUUCACAGACAGAUUGGACAGGCGAAAGCAAAUGAUAUAUUAACCUGUGAUGUCGCUGGCAUCGUUUCAUGAAAUCAGUAACUGUUUUUUCUUUUUUUCAUUUUUGUGUGCCUUAUUUCUCUGAGGCCAAGGUCUUCCAUUAUUUCUAGUGAAGUUGACCUUUUCACUUGUUCACCAUUAAGAUAACAUUGUUUUUGCACUUGAAGCAAACCAAGGUUCACGAAUUUACAGACUUUUACCAUAUUAUGAUGUAUAAUACUAGGAGUCCCUUUGGGGCUCCCAUGCACUUUAAGUAGCACACCCUUUUCCACUAAAAAUAGAAGUGCCAAAAAAAAGGAUUUUACACCAAUGCCAUAGAAGGACCACUUUCGGUUCCCUAAAGCAGUGGUUGUGAACCUAGUCCCUGGGAACCCUCAGAUGGUCCAUAUUUUUGCUCUGUGUCUACAUGUUGGGAGUUGGGAUUGAGCAAAAAUAUGGACCACCUUGGGGGGCCCCUUAAGACCAGUUUGACAACCACUACCCUAAAGAACCUUUCAGUGGAUGGUUCUUUAAUAAAUCAAUGUAAUUGAAAUAUGCAAAUGUGAAAAACCUUUUUAAAGUUAAAUGAGCCUCCACGAAACGUAAAGGUCCUAUACCAGUUUAACCAUGUCCAAAAGAAGAACCAUGUAGGAACCUUUAAGUUUGAGAGUGCAUUACAUUCCUUUUCGUGCUGAUCCUUACUUUUGUAAAAAAAAAUUUGUACUAUUUUUUAUGGGAUUGGGGAUUCUACAUUCCUUGUAGCACAGUCUCUGGGGAUGUGCCCCAGGCCACGCAAAAACCACUUUAAACUUUGAAACCAAAGUUUUGAAUGAAUGUUAAGUGCCUUAAUGUAACACCAUGCGUGUAUUUCUGCAGAGUAUCCUGCCCUGGAAGGGACUGUUUCAGAUAAGGCAUAGGAUAGAUGGUACAGAUGGACUAUUUUUGUUUACACAGGCAGUUAAUGAUACUGAAAGACUGGAAGUAAAGCACUGUUGGGGUCAGUUCUAUCUUCAGUUCAUUUAACCUGAUUUCCCUUCAGCCAGAUAAGUUAACAUUCACUGAUAUAUUUUAAGCAGAUUUAUAGAAAUAAGUCAAUAAAGUCAUUUAAAGUAAUUCUGAUUUUGAUAAAUUGUACUUCUUUCUGGACUGAUGCAACUGAUCUCACCCUGAAGCUUUUACUUUAUGUCUCACAUCCUCACGUUUCUCAUUCCUAUAGCAGGUCAUGUGAAGCUAUAAAUUGUAACAUUGUUUUAUAAAAAUUGAUGCCUUUAUUGUCGUUUUAAUUCAUGUUAUGGAUGUUACAAAGUAUGCAUGCAUUGGGAAAGACAGAUUUUGAACCAUACUUUUAAUAUAAUAUCUUAUGCCAAUGGCAUUUAGUCAAACGUUUAAUCAAAUGUUACUAAAUGUUUAAAAUUGAAAUCCAGCAAAAUUUGAUUAUUGCUCAUUUGACAUCCAUAUGUUACAGAAUUAGCCAUGCACUCGCUGCGUUUUGCACUUUUUGGUCAUGAAGUGAGUUGAGAUUGUUUCUAAAUGGAUUUUGCAAUUGUCUAUUGUGUAUAGAAUUGUAUAUGUUUGUAUAAAACAAUAUGCAUUUAAUAAAUACUAUAAAUUAAACCAUUCCUUA